ACUCCUGAAUUCACUCAGUUGGGUUCCGGCUCCGGCAAUCGCUAUGUCCCUCCGCAAAUGCGUGGUACUGCAGGUGCUUCGAUGACUGGUGGUAAGCGUGUGCCGGAAGGAUUUACUGUUCGUGUUACUAAUCUACCUCCGGACAUGCAGAUUGAUGAUUUAAAAGCAGUAUUUGCUCUAUAUGGCCAAAUUAUCCGAAUUUUUCCUGCUAAGGACAAAGUCACUCAGAUGAACAGAGUACGAGGUUUUGCCUUUAUCUCGUAUGCUUCAUUUGAUCACGCGCAGGCAGCAGUGACCAAUCUAGAUGGCUUUCGUUAUAACCACGUUGUACUAAAAGUCGACUGGGCGAAGUGA